CAGUCAGAAGAGGAGAGGGCUGUGCAACGGCCACAAGAGGAAGACUCUCUCAGUCUCAACGGCCGGCCAACCAACCAACCAACUGCCUGCCUGCCUGCCUUCCCCGUCCGCGAUGGAAGGCGCCUCCGCUGCCUCCCCCUCCAUGGCCCUGAAGCGCAUGAGCCCCUUCCAGAGCAAGGAGGCCAGCCCUCCUCCUCGCAGCCCCGCCUUCACCACCAAGAGGGGCUACGACGUCCUCCGAUACCCCGCCCUCAACAAGGGCCUGGCUUUCACCUUGGAAGAGAGACAACAGCUGAAUAUUAGUGGACUACUACCUCCCUGCUUUCUCAGUCAAGAAGUACAGGUUUUAAGGGUUUUAACAAACUUUGAAAGACAAACAUCUGACUUGGACAGGUAUAUUCUGCUAAUGGGCCUUCAGGAUCGAAAUGAAAAACUAUUUUAUAAAGUGCUGACUUCUGACAUUGAAAGAUUUAUGCCUAUUGUUUAUACUCCCACUGUUGGUCUGGCAUGCCAACAAUAUGGUAUAACAUUUCGGAGGCCAAGAGGACUCUUCAUCACUCCACAUGAUCGAGGACAUGUUGAAACUUUAUUUAAAUCAUGGCCUGAAGCAGUCAUCAAAGCUAUUGUGGUGACUGAUGGAGAACGUAUUCUAGGUCUUGGAGACCUUGGAUGUUACGGAAUGGGCAUCCCAGUGGGUAAACUAGCACUUUACACAGCAUGUGGAGGACUGAAGCCCCAGGAGUGCCUGCCUGUUAUGCUUGAUGUGGGAACCGACAAUGAGACAUUGCUAAAAGAUCCUUUGUAUAUUGGGCUGAGACAUAAAAGAAUCAGAGGCCAAGCUUAUGAUGACCUUCUAGAUGAAUUCAUGCAAGCUGUGACAUCCAGGUAUGGCAGAAAUUGUCUCAUACAGUUUGAGGAUUUUGCUAAUGCAAAUGCAUUCCGUCUCCUGAAUAAAUAUCGCAACCUGUACUGCACAUUCAACGAUGACAUUCAAGGAACAGCCUCUGUAGCUCUUGCAGGUCUCCUUGCUGCUCUCCGGAUUACUAACAACAAACUGUCAGAUCACACAAUACUGUUCCAGGGAGCAGGAGAGGCAGCUCUGGGAAUAGCCAAUCUGAUUGUUAUGUCCAUGGAAAAGGAAGGGAUAGCUAAAGAGGAAGCCAUCAAAAAGAUAUGGAUGGUUGAUUCCAAAGGAUUAAUUGUCAAG